AUGACACCGAAUAUGCAUCUACAUCUUCAUCUUGGCGAGUGUGUUCAUGACUUUGGGCCAAUUUAUACUUUCUUGUUAUUCAGUUUCGAGAGAUACAAUGGUUUGUUGAAGAAUAUCGAAGCAAAUCAAAAAGGCGGCUUCGAAUCAACAAUGAUGAAGAGAUUUUUGGUGAGAACAUACAUUGGCAGCUUCAUACAAUCUUUUGUCAACCAUUUUCUCCAGUUCGCAAUUGACUUUCUGCAUCGCAUUUCAAAUAGUCCAGAUCAAUUAGCAGCAUUACAUUCAUCUUUUACUGCCAGUAUCUUUUCUCUGUCUGACUUUGUUGAAUAUUUGUUAAACCCUCAUCAUUCUGCUUUGGGUUGUGAGCCAUUGCCCCCUUCAGUGUUUCCGAUUAAACUCGACCAAAGGAUUGCAAUAUGCAAGGGACAUUAUGAAUGUUUACUGGAGUUUUACAGACACGCGUAUGGCAGUCACAAUCUUUUUGGCCAUUAUUCAAACUGCGAGUCUAACCAGAUUUUUGUCAAUAACCGAAUUGAAAAAAUGAAAUGGAUAUCUCGUCUUGGACAGGAAUACUCUUCUGGAUCUUAUUUCUGCGCCUAUUAUCUUGAGAAUAACAGUGAAGAUAAAGCAGCAUUUCCUGGCCGUAUACUGUAUUUAUUUCAACAUUUGAUAACCAUCAACAAAACUGUCAUCACCCAUACUUUUGCAUUUGUUGAGUGGUACUCUAGUUAUUCUUCUGGGAGUUACUGGCCAAUGUUAAAUGAAGACAUUGAGCUCUGA